AUGCUAACCCGGGUGCUUUUCCUCUCACUCAGCAAAGCCAAAGAGCUGAAGGAUCGCCACCGAGACUUCCCAGACGUGCUGUCAGGGGCGUAUAUCAUUGAAGUAAUUCCUGAUACCCCAGCAGAAGCUGGUGGACUCAAGGAAAAUGAUGUCAUAAUCAGCAUCAAUGGACUGUCAGUGGUCUCUGCCAAUGACAUCAGCAACGUCAUUAAAAAGGAAAGCACCCUGAACAUGGCUGUCCCCAGGGGCAAUGAAGACAUUAUGAUUACGGUGAUUCCUGAAGAAAUCGACCUGUAG